CUGUCUCUCCCUUCACAAUUCACAAUCACAUUCACACACUCCCUUCUUCUUCACCUCAAAAAUCAAUUCAUUCAUUUUUCUCAUGAAUGAACUAAUUAAUUAGUUUUUCCUUUUCACCUUCGAAAUCUCUUUGCUGUUCUGGUGGUGGACGCUGCUUCAGGAACCAAUGCUUUGCUGAUUCAUCUCUUGCCUUAUUUGUCAAUUGGAUUUGGCUUUGAAAAUGGGAGUUGAAAAAGAAGGGACAAAAAGUGAAGGUGGGUAUGUUGGUGGUCUUUUCCGGUUAUUCGACUGGACCUCGAAAUCACGGAAGAAGUUAUUUGCAACCAAGUCAGAUUUGCCAGGAUCUUUGAAACAGAGAAGAAAAAUUGAUGGCAACUUGUCAAUGAUGCAGCCCUAUCUGGCUGAUGAAGAUGAGAUUGGAGUAGGAGCAAGCAUUAGAAGUAGUGAUCACAGUUAUACUUCAUCCGUUACAGAUGACGACAUGUGCGGAACAAGGGCACCUAGUGUGGUUGCUAGGCUUAUGGGAUUGGAUUCCUUGCCCUCUUCCAGUUUUCAUGAUCCAUAUUCUUCCCCAUAUUUUGAUAGCCGAUCUCUUCAAGAUGUCCAGUACUGGAGGACUAAUCUCAAUCAUCAGCAUGGCCAUCAGAACCUGUAUUCCGGGAAGUUGGUUGAAAAGGUUGAGGGCUCUUCUAGAAACUUCAUUGAGCCAAAGCCUCAGAACAACCUUAGCAGACCAAUUGAGAAGUUUCAAAGUGAGGUAAUGCCUCCCAAAGCGGCUAAAACAAUUCCUGUCACACACCAUAAACUUUUGUCCCCUAUUAAGAGUCCUGGCUUUAUUCCAACAAAUAAUGCUGCUUAUAUAAUGGAGGCUGCUGCAAGAAUUAUUGAACCUAGCCCCCAAGCUACUACAAAGGCUAGAGCACACCUUGCAUCAUCAUCAUCAGUAUCAUUGAGAGUAAGAGAUCUUAAAGAAAAAGCAGAGGCUUCACAGAAAGGUCCUCUAGUUGGGUCAACUUCAAUGCCCCCUAGAAUUAGAGAUCUCAAAGAAAAAGGGGAAGUUUCUCAUAGAACUAGCAGGAUUUCUGAACCUUCUCAGAGGUCAGUUGAAUCUAAUUCUGUCAAGUAUCUAAAGAGACAAUCUUUGAACAAAAGCUGGAAUGGGUCCGUGGAUGCUCCCACCCGAUCUUCUACCGAAGCAAAAGAAGAUUCAUCUGUGAAGAAUGCAGGGAAGUCUAUUUCCCUUGCCAUCCAAGCAAAAGUGAAUGUUCAAAGAAGAGAAGGCUUGAACUCAAGUGGUGGAAGAAGUUUGGUGGAUCAGAAAGAAGAUUCUGAUGCUAAAACUCACCAGCCUCUCAGGGCAAAUGUUCAAAAAGGUUUGCAUAAGAAGCCCUCUGGUCAGAACGCUUCUGGUGUUCUCAAGCAGAAUAGUCUGAAACAAAACCAUUCAAUUGAGAAAGACAAACAACCAUCAAAGCAAAUAGUUUCAAAUUCACACCGUAGAAAAUCUCUGAUGGGGGACUCCGGGUGUCAUAGAAGCUCUAGUAGUAAAACACCUGCAAAAUCUAAAGUUGGUUCCAAAAAAUCGGCCACACAGCUGACAGAUAGUGAAAAGGAAGUUUUGUAUACCCACACAAACAAUUUCCCAAGAAAGAAGAGGUCCACAGAUAGGGACUGGAAUGAUAGGGUUGUUGAUAAUUUGUUUAUUGAUAAAACUCAGAGGCCUGUUCAGUCUAGUCUAGUAAGUAAUAAGCGCCAUAGUGAUGACGAAGUAAAAAAGAAAGACAUGGAUGUAGUUUCCUUCACCUUCACCACGCCGUUGGCGAGAAACAAUUCCAGUUUUGAGACAUCUGGAAAAUCUGGCAUGAAAACUGGUGUACUUCCCUUUGAUCAUCACAUCAAAAGAGUGCUGCUUGACACAGACAAUGCAAGGUCUCCCAUUGGAUACAGUGUGAUUGGUGGUGAUGCAUUAGGCAUUCUUUUGGAACAGAAGUUGAGGGAAUUGACAAAUGGACUUGAGUACUCUUGUGAUGACUCUUCUAAAGUGAGGCCAUCUUCUAGUACAGGACCACAAUCAAAAGAUGUGGUGACCACGCCCGAUUCAGUUAACUUCGUUCCACAGUUGCAACUGAAGAGGGACCAGGACCUGCUUUUAGCUGAUAAGUUAUGCGGAAGCCUUGAUUCUGCAGUUUCCUUCACAGGUCUUCCUGAAUUAUCAUCCAAACAUAGACUAUGGCAGGGUGAUAAGAUGGAAGAGUGCAAGAGCAAUCUUGUAGAACCACAGUCAUUCAAUUGUCGGUUGCCAAGUCCAAUCUCUGUUCUUGAGCCUUCAUUUUCAGCAGAAACCUUUGAAUCUUCAUUCAGCACCGAUGCUACUAGCACAGAAGGUAGCAAGUUGAGCUUAUCUGCUCAAGCACAGGAAGUUCAUGGUUUGAAUUUCUCAGGGAAGUUCUAUUCUGCAGAAGCUGAUACAGAGUUGUGUGAUUCAGCUUGUUCAACAUCAACCAGGACCAUGAUGGUAAAUAAGGAGCACACAAGCACAAGUGCAUUAUCAACCACAUGGGAGUUGGAUUAUGUAAAAGAGAUAUUAUGCAAUGUUGAACAAAUGUACAUGGACUUCGCUUCCGGCCGAGCUCACAAAAUUGUGAACCCUCAUCUAUUCAACCAGUUGGAAAGCCAGAGAGAAGCAGGGUAUGAGAGUGAUGGUGGAGAAUGUAGGAUAAGGAGGAAAGUGAUAUUUGAUUGUGUGAGUGAAUAUUUGGACUUAAGAUGCAGGCGUUGUGUUAAUGGUGGAUAUGAAAUGUGGGCCAAAGGGACUGAAAUGGUGAGAAGAAAUGAAUGGUUGGCAAAGGAAGUGUACAAGGAAAUUUCAAGCUGGAGAGGGAUGGGAGAUUCAAUGGUGGAUGAGCUUGUGGACAAGGAUAUGAGCCAUCAAUUUGGAAGAUGGCUAGAUUUUGAGGUUGAUGCAUUUGAACUUGGUGCAGAGGUUGAGGAUCAGAUACUGAAUUCCUUGCUUGAUGAUGUUGUUGCUGAUAUCUUGCAAUUAUAACCCCUGAUCUUUUUAGUGGCCAUGAAAUUAUUGUUUUUAUUAUCUGAAAUUCUGAGUUAUUAUUGGUUCAUUCAUGGAAAUAGCAAGUUCUUCAUUUUGUUC